GUUAGGCACAUGGAGGAUAACCAAGUCGAGGUUCCCAACAAGGUUUCGGUAGCAGCAGCUCCGGAUGGCAGCGCUGCAGGAGUCUCGCUCACCCAUGCCGAUGCAAGCUGUGCUUUCCUGAGGCAGUUGGCCGAUCUGAGCGAUGAUGGUAUGGCCAAGCUGAAGCCAACCGCAAGGUUGAGCCCUAAGUUGAAGCGAGCACUGGUUCUGGUGUCCGAUUCGAGCACGGCCCUGUGCAAAAAGAAUCGGCGCGGCCUUUUCCUGAAAGCCGACUUGGAUCAUGAAGUGAACCUUGCUAGCUUCAUGUUGGGUUGGAAUCAACCGCGCUAUACCAUGUAUCUCCGGUCAGUGGGGCUGCAUCCCUACCCGGCUUUCCCGGGCUUGCCCUACCGCGAUGCCAACGUGACGACGGAGACGGUUGACAGAGAGGUGAGGCGCUCUGCGGGUGUGUUAGCCGCCCUCGCGGGCGAGCCAGACAUCGGUUUUGUGAACGUGAUUGGAUUGGUGGAAGCUGACCUCUUGCAGUUGCAUUCCGCCUACAACACCUUCAAUCAGGCGAUGUUUGAGGAGUUCCGCACAAGGAACUUGCAAACACAGUCCGCUUCGCCAUUGGUCGAGAAACUCGAAAUGUAUGAUUCGUUUCAUGCAUCGGAGGACCAGCGGAACAGGGACCUCUUCCAAUCGUAUGAGCACGUGGAGCGUGGAGACCAGCCCGAGAACCCUGUCCUCCAGGAUGUGUUCAGAAAGUGGCGCGAAGAAAAGGCCCCAGAUGCUGCCAAUGCUGCGGACAUCACAACGCACACCACCGGUCCACCCAUGGAUAAAGCCAUCCGCAAGGAUGUGCCACAGUUCGGUGCCAACACGGACGUCAGUUCGAUUGCCGACUGCGUCAAUGAUGUUGUUACCCAGGAUGAAGACGGAAAGGUGUCCUAUGACCCUCCGGGCACAGUGGCUCUCGUGGACGAUGGGGACUACCAGAAGUCCGAUCGCGAUGAAGAUGCCCUUCGAAGGCAUAUGUUCAUUGAUGAAAGCGCCCCGCAAGGGGCUGCCACUGUGCCUGAGAGGUUGCCGAACGAGUACUUCCACAAUGGGGUCGAACAUGUGAUGAAGCCCUUCAACCCCCAAGACAUCGUCGGGGACAAGGCCGUUUGCUUCAAGCACGGCGACCUCAAAUUCGUCACCAAACUUUUCCGGGGGCACGAACUGGACAAUUUCCCUUUGGUCUUUGACCGUGGAUGCUGGACCGAUGUCGACGCAGUCUUGGAAACCUUCAACAACUGCAGAGGCACCAGAUGGGGAAUCCGCCAGCUGCUUCGAGCAGCAAAGGCGGACAACAAAGGACGGAUUCGGCUGCUCGGAAUCGACGCCCCGAUGAAGGACACGAUCAACCAGCCGCUCUUCCCUGUGAGAAUCCGAAUUUCUCAGGGCCACAAUGAAAAGCUCGUCGGGAACAACCCUGACGCAGACUUCUUCUUGGCUACGAGAUUCUACAGCGGACUCACGAAGGAGGAAGCGGAGAUCCAAAGCAGCGUUCGUGGCGUCACUGUGCUCCCGAAGGAUGACACCCCGGCCAAGCUCUACCAUCGGACUAAUGAGCGAGGCAUGAAUGGGGUCCUUCGCGAUGGGAUGGUACCAGGUUCGGCUCGGUCAAACCGAUCGCACAACUGCCUCUCCCCAUAUCGCCUGAACGACACGCAGUACAAAUGUGGUAUGCGGUCGAAUCAGCCUAUUGAGCUUGUGGUGGACACGCAGCGUGCCAUUGGCGCCGGUUGCGUAUUCUUCGUGACCGAGACAGAUGGUGUCCUCACGCGAGAUUGCAUUCCCUCGGACUGCAUCGUCACCGCCGUUGACACCAGCAAGAAUGAUCUUCCUCUCUAUGUCGCGGACAAUAAAGAAGCCACUCGCGAGGGUGAGCCAGGGCACAUAUUCCGUGCUAAGCGCGACUACGAGGAAGCGGCAAGCUCAUCAUCGGCACCACCGCCAAAACAGGCUGCAAUUGCGCCAAAGGCAGUGGCACCCAAGCCCGAGGUCACCGAGAUCAUUGGAGAUGACGUGACCAUGGCGGCGGGUUUAGCCACCCGCAAUGGUGAGCCUGCCGAUUCUGCUGGAUCCAUCCCUGAAGAGGAAGGCGACAUGACUGAUGCAGGCGCCGCAGACAAACGAUUCUGCAAAGGUCACCAAGAAGUUCUACGAGAACUCUCGACUUCGCCCCUUGCAACAGCUGCUGCUGGAGCCCAGAAGCCCAUCGAGGAUCUUCUUACCGGCGACCUCCGUGGAAUGGGCGAUGGUGGUUCCAAAAAGAGAGGCCACAUGAGUGCCGAAGCAGCUGUCAUCAGAGAUGCAAAGGAUCGCAAGCAACGCUCGGCAGAGAUGAAUUUCUCGUCAGUCUCCGAGCGCUUCGAAGGUGAUGAUCAGUUUCGGAUGAGGAUUAUGCAAGAAGGCCGCAGCUUAGAAGACAUGCAGAAGUUCGAUCAUCUCGCUUCCGCCGUGCUUCCCGACCCAGGCCGUUCUGAGGAGCAGCGCCACCUUCGUGCUGGUGCUCACUAUUCCUCUGUUGGAGCCGUUGGGAUUGCGCCGGCUAAGCUGGUCUUCUUUGCCCGCUGCGAAGUGGAGCCAUUGAGAGCAUUGCGGUUCAUCGACAACACCAGCGAU